AUGUGUGGUUGUAGCUCGGAUAUUACUGUUAGUGUCAUUCUUGGUGGUACUUAUGGGAAAGACCUGAGCAGAAAUAAGAGCAAUUGCUAUUUUGCUCUUGGUAAUUACUUGGUUGCUUCCAAGGUCGAUCCCUCUUCCGAUGCUGUCAAAUACGCAUCCAUGAUUUCCAAGGAAGCUCAGGAAUUUUUUGUGGGAGCUGGACAAGCUUUUAAGGUCAUAAAGAAUUUCAAUUCUCCCACCGCUGUUCUUGCUGAAAAGAUAAGCAUGCUUGUACCUAACAAUCUUUCCUUUCUGCAAUUGAGGUCUGACAUUCAUCCGAUGAAGGAGUUUACCAUGGUCCUUGAGUUGCAUUCCCUGUCCUUGGACUCUUGCUGGGGGCGCCUGCUCCCCACAUGCUUGAACAAGGAAGAAAGAUCCUGGUUCGAAGACAGACUGAAGGGCAAGGUCUACAGGUUAAAACAUACUGAGAGCAUCCUGUUAGACCAUUACAACACUCCUUUCCGCAAGUUCCUGAACAUCGGUCGUGUCUGGUGCAUGAAGCAAGGCAAGGGAGAAUCUGCUCGUUCCUUUGGAGCCAAGUUCCAGAAGUUCCGGCGUCAAGCCUCAUUGGACGAUGGUGUUCAGUUGGUCCUCUGCUUCUGGUGGAAUCUGCGUCCUGAAGUCCGGGAAGCCUGUCUCAUUCCUUUGUCUGCCAACUAUGGCACCAAGAUGCCCUCAAAGAUUGAGGACAUCAUCUCGUUGGUGAGUGUGUCAACAAGUGACUCCACUGCUUUGUUACAUAAUCCUGCCAAUGGUACUGCCGCGUCCUCCUGGAGUUCGUUUGCUGCUCACAAUGGUGCGUCCUCUCUCUCUGCUGGUUCCCACAAGGGAAAGAAAAGGUCUUUCUCUCGCGAGCGUGGUUCUCAGUCUCCCAAGAAGUCAUGGGACUUCAAGAAGGCGAUGAAGGAUAGCAUCUGUUUCUCGUGCAAGGCUCCCUGGGUUAAGGGACACUCCUGUCCGGAACGGGAGAAGUACUUGACAAAGGUGUCAAGGAUGGCAGUCCGCUCCUCUGCUGGUAGACCAGCAAGAGCUUCCACUGUGGUUGAGGGGAGUCCCUCGUUGUCUUGGUCAGAGUACCAAGACAACACUAGUGCUCUGGCCAAGAUGGCAUUAGAUUAUUUGUUGAGCAAAAACAAUGUUCAUAAGUAUUUUAUUCGUUUGGCUGAUAGCAAUACCCAGAUUAUAAGAAUCGGUACUUGUGUGAUCAGUGUAACUUGCAAUAGUAAGACUAUUCAACGCGAGUUUGAAGUGAUGAAUUUAACUAAUAGUCAUGAGUAUGAUUUCAGUAUUGGUACUGAUUAUAUGUCUUCUCUUGGUAUUGGUAUUUAUGGUUUACCUUUAUCAUAUGAUGAUGCUGAUUCAAGUGAGGAACGUAGAGAAGCCGAUAGACGCUUCAAUAAUAAGAGUGAUCUUCUUGAAUCCAUUGAGAGAGAAAAUGAACAAAAGGAAAAUAAUCCGGCUGUAGGUCCCAAACAGUUUGAGGAUGCUAUGGAUUAUAUUCGUCCGUUCAUUAAAGACAAUCAAGAUAUUCCUAAGGGUUCGUUUUGUACUAUACCUGAAAGUGUUGUAUGUUUGGACACUCCAGAAAAUGCUACGGUGUUCAGAAGCCCUUAUCCCAUUUCUUACAAGAUGCAAGGUGUAGUGGAUGAACAGCUAAGUGGCUAUCAUUCUGUCAACAGAUAA